UGAUUCUUCACAAGUGUACAAGCCGGCCGCGUGGAGUGUCGCAUAAACAGUAUAUACAAUAUUAUCACACGAUUGACAAUAAUUGUAUUUACAGAUAAUUGUACUAUGAAUAUAUAAGUAUAUUCUCUUUAUUUUUAUACUAAAGUGGCGGUGAAAUUAAAUUCGGUUAUAAAUUAUUACACACACUAAUAUAUUUUUAUAUGUUCGAAAUAUCGUUGUCUAAAAAUGAUAACGGCUUCAAAGUAUUUCGCGAGCUGCGGCAAGGUUAUGCUGUUAGCCAUAUUUAUUCUAAAAUAUGGCAUCGUGUUGCAGAGCGAGUCGGCCCACGCCAUUGAUUAUUUGGUCAAAAACCAAGAUCCGACGUUCAAAGAAGUAUAUUUCUUUAACGACAAAUACAAGAUCUACAAUAUGUCAAAUCGCGUGUUCUAUUGGCUGUAUACUAGAGAACAGCCCAAAGGUCAACUUUUAAACAGAAGUGAUCCAAACAUGAUAAAGUCGACAAACUUUAAUGUCGAAAAUCCAACAAAAAUUCUCGUACACGAUUGGCUUGGGAGUUUUUACGAAAAAGAAUGCUUUUGCGCACACAUAGUGGAAGCUUAUUUACUCGUGGGAGCUUACAACGUGAUUUGCGUGGAUUGGAUGCAGUUUUCUUUUGAUAUAAUGUAUUCAUCGGCAAAAAUCAAUGUUAAAUACAUCGGUUACGAUAUAGCUAAAGUUUUGAACAUUUUAUCGAAUGACAUGAGUGUAGGGUCUGAAAAUAUCCACUUAAUCGGUCAUGGCUUGGGAGCCCAUAUCGUCGGAUACACUGGGAAAAAGUUAAGCGGUAAAAUUUCUCGGAUAACUGGAUUAGAUCCUGCUAUGCAACUAUAUGAAAAUACUGAUCCGAAAUACAGGAUCAAUAAAAAUGACGCGACCUUUGUAGACAUCAUACAUACAAACGGAAAUGGUCUCGGGUUGUUUGAGCCACUAGGUCAUAUCGACUUUUACCCGAACGGAGGAAAUACACAAACGAAUUGCAAAAUAUUAGAUAGAGUUUCCGGCGGUGCGUGCAGUCACGCCAAAGCUUUCGAUUAUUUCGCCCGCUCCAUUUUGGCUAGAAAAGAAUGCAAAGCACUCCAAUGCACCAAAUGGAGCGAGUACGAAGCGGGCGAGUGUGGCGAAUUCGCCAAAAGUACAUACAUGGGUGAACACGUGGACAAAAAUCAAACCGGAAUUUAUUAUUUAUGAAUGUGACUCAUCUGCGUGUACCAUAUCAUAGUUAUUAGAUGGACUCGGAUUGGCUCGGACGUAUUUUUGUAUAUAAAAAUCACCGAGUAUACUGAAACUGAAAUACCGGUCAUUAUAAAUAAAUAUGUAAACCGUAAAACGUGAUUAUAAUAUAUUAUACAUAGCUGCUGUUGACGAAUAGUGCAAUACACAUGUUACUGUUAUUUUUAUCUGUUGAAACUUUAAAGUGUAUACUGUAUAGUGUAUAGUAUUAUAUAUAUCAAAAGUAAGUUGGAGUCAAGUUUACACGCGUAUUUCGCGGAUCUAUCAGAUUUAUUUGAUUUAGACUGUAUAAAUUAAUCUGGACCUGCAUCCCCGCACGAAUUCGUCCGUUUAUUUAUUAGAAAAUAACAAAUUCAUUAUCCGUCCUUAAUUUUUAAUCUUUAGUGAUUAAUAAUAAUUAUUGAUAAUAUAGAAUUUAAAAAUGUAUUUUUUUUUUUAAUAUUUCAAAUAUGAUGCAUUUAAUGACCGAAAUAAAUGCAAGACAAAAAUGGUUGUUAAAUACGAUGAGUAUUAUACUUAAUAUUGCAGUGAUAUUGUUUUUUUAAGUAUUGUAUAAAAUUGUUAAAUUUAGCCUAGAGAUGUAUAUGAUAAUUCUGUACAAAUAAUUAAGGUAAAUUGUAUUAAUAAAUUGAAAUAAUGGUUUAAAAUGA